UUGGCUGCUUAUUCUGUCAAACAUCCUUGUGGAUGUUAAAGCACAGGUGUAUUUCUCUUGUUCAAUGGGCAAUUAUACCGAAAGAAGUAAAUAUCAGACGAAUCUUAACCGCUUGUUGUACAGAUCACUAUACAAUAAUGGUGGCAAUUCCAUCUAUACAAAAGCCAAUGAAGGAGAAGAACCUGAUAAAGUUUAUGGAGUAUUCCUCUGUAGAGGAGACGUUGCACCUAAAGAGUGCCAAAAAUGCAUAGACAUAGCAAGUGAGCAGAUCCCGCGGGAAUGUCCCCUCAGUAAACAGGCCGGCGUAUGGUAUGAUGAGUGUUUGGUCCGCUAUUCUAAUGUAUCUUUCGCCGCCACAUUAGACGUCACCGUUUAUCUCGUUUCACAUAGACUGGGAAACGUUUCUCGGCCAGAACAAUUUAAGGGGAAUUUGAGUGCAAUGUUUGAUAAUCUUAUCACUCAAGCUACUACCGUCAAUUCCAAUCUGAAAUAUGCUGGAACAAAUUCUGAUGAGCCCGUUUCAACGAUUGUAUGGCAUGGUGCAGUGUCUACCUGAUUUGUCACCUGUAGAUUGUCGUGCUUGCCUGAAAAAGGCUUUUUCUGAAAUCGGUAACCUCUCUCUGUCUGAUGCCGAAGUACCAGUAAGUGGCAGAGUUCUAUUUGCAAGCUGCAAUGUAAGGCACGAGCUAUUUCCAUUCCUCAUCAAUGCCAGUGCAACGGGACAGAAAGCACUAUCGCCAUCGACCAGCCAGUGGAACGAAGACCAAGGUAACUAUGUGAAUCCUCUCUUUUCCUGUCUAAGUUGCAUGCAGUAAUUUUACUCCUGAGGUUGUCUCUGAAGCCAAAUUUCGUAGAGAAUAUACCAAGAAAGGAUAAUAAUUUCCCAGAGAAUCAAUAUGGAGGCACCUUUUCUCACUUUCACAUUACACUAAUCACUUCAAAUGCGUAUUAAUAAUAGCUUUUAAAAUCUUAAUCAUAUACUACAUGGUCCUGAUCA